GCUGAUAUAUGCUGGGGCCAGCAAAAUCUGUCUGCGGAGAGGGCUCCUGUCUGUCUGCGGCAAAGUGAGUCAGUCAGCUCUGGCGGAGGAACUGAUUGCACUCCCGCAAAGGGCAAAAGACCUGCGUUGUUGCAACGCGCCUGGUGUGUGGAGCGAGUGUGACGCCCGCGUGGAUGGCUGGCUGCCUGGGAGGUAGUAAAUGAUCCUUACACACACACAAACACAUGCGGACACACACGCACAUUGACGUACGUACCAUCACGAGAAAGUCAGUGAGUGAGUCAUGGACAUAUAUAAUGGCUGAGUGAGUGAGUGAGUGCAUUGCAUGCAUCGCUGUACACACCCAAGUGAGUCACACACGGAGGUAUGGUGGCGGCCACAUGCACCGAUCCCAUCAAUGGACACGCACGCACACACGCAAGUAUGCACACACACAAGCCAGCACACACCACGCAGCCAGCAACCAUGUGUGUCUAGGCCGGGGGGUGGAAACACUGCACUGCGCAAGUCAGUCUGCCCGUGGCAGCGACAUCGGCUCGCUUUGCGAGCGUCAGUCGCGGGCAGGGAAUGCACCACACUUAUAAAUACACAGCAACGGAGGCAGCCAAUCACAUCCAUGGAAAAGAGCCGCUCUCUCUCUCAGCGACACACGGACCCCACAUACGAACAGCCAGACGACUAGAGGCGAAGGCAUCCAUCCCAGCAUCCAUCCAUCCAUCCAUGUAUAGUGCCAUGUCUGUAUCCCCUGGUGCACUGGGUGGGUGGGUGCUGUCCCGAUCGCCCGUUUGUGUGUCAGCCGGCAGUCCGCCCGUGUCGUAUGUCGUCAACCUGACCACACACAAAGGGGCAAGAGAGAACAAUAUGUGUGUGAGGGUAUUCGUCCCACAUGAGCGUGUGUGUGCAAGCACACCUGAUGUGCCUUUGUUGGGUAUCGAGAGGCCUCUGAUCAACAGGCCUCCCGACAACAGAAUUUAUCGAGAAGAACGUCUGAAAGCGGGACCAGAAGACAUGGUCUGAUCUGAUCUGAUCUGUGUGAGUGGGUGUGGGUGUGUGUGCCAGCUCGGCUGCUCACCAGUUUGUGUGGUCCGGUGGGUCGGGGGAUUAUAGGUAGGGAAGGUAGUGUGGUGGUGAUGGCUUGACUACGGCUUCGUUACGCAGCUGCACACCAGCACCCACACACACAUCCAUGGGAUGCACUGCAAUGUGUGUGUGUGUGUGUGUGUGCUCCCAGUACCCUCGUGUGCUCGCACCGUACCUCUAUCGAAUCGCAUGCCGUGGCGAUGUUUCGGGUCAACGUCUUUCGGUCGACAAACAGGACGCGUCCCUGGAGGGCACCCAAACAGAUCAGGCAGGCCUGCAGACAAUGCCUGGUGUGGGUGUGUUGUUGGCAAAUUGCUGGCUGCUCACCGAUGGAUGGGCACGCUGAGGUCGAGGGAGGCGUGGCGUGUUUAGGGACGGCCGUGUGUGGGGAUGAGACAGUGUGUCUGUCUCUGUGGCCCCCCUCGUCAAGGUGUUCAAGACCACUCACUCACUGAGGAGUGCGCGGCUUACUAACCUGCAGACACACAGCACAUCGGUGGUUGGGUGUCUGUUCGUCUGUGUGUCUGUUCGUCUUUGCCAUCCGGACAUACCGAGACGAGGAGGGCCCUCGAGUCAGCCAACAAAGUCGUCCAUUAGUUGACGUGACGGAAACGGCCGAUAUAAUCUAAUCGCCUACACGUGGAGACAUGGGUCGAUGGACACAUGAGCGGGCUGUCUCCUGUGUGUUUGUGUGUGUGUGUGUGUAUGUGACCGCCCGACUGCUGGCUGCUCACCAGUGGUGGAGUGACGUCCGCACAAGAAUGCGUCGCUCGAUGGAUGAAUGGCUUCUUCGCUACCCAUGAGAGACACGCAAGAUGGCUUCACCCACUAUGGCUUCGUUGCGCUGCACGCCACCACAAACACCCACAGAUGCGACAAUGUAUUGGUUUCUGUCGUCUGUUCUGUGCUCCAUCGGACUCACCAUGCGUUGAUAUCUGGGCAUAUGGAUGUAUAUACUUGGCGGAUAUGAGGGCGUCGAGGAGACGUGGGGCGUGUUUAGGGACGGCCGUGUGUGUCACCGUGUGUGUGGAAGACAGGCAGACACACUGUCUGUCUCUGUGGGCCCCCUCGUCAAGGUGUUCAAGACCACUCCACUCACUGGGGAGUGGGCGGCUUACUAACCUGCACACAAAGGAGACAGAAAGGUCGACCGAUGUCUCCCUCUGUCUGUCUGUCUGUCUGUCUGUGAUGAGCGGCAUAUUGGUGUAUGCGUAGGUACUUACCCAGACGAGAAGGGCCCUGAGGGAGCGGCCUGGGGUGGCGGGAGAAGGACACAGCGAUGGCGAAGAACAGCUGCCGUCCGGCCAAAUAAAGGCGAGCGUCCCGAAGGAAUGACUUGCCAUAGCCGAGCGGCAGCCGAUUUACGCCCCUCCGCGAAGGUAGCCGCUCUCUUGUAGAUGGCCAGAAGGAGGGCAAAGCAGCGGCGGCCUUCAAGAAUGCCUGAAAGCCAACAGGCACAUUUGUGUCUGGUAUGGUCUGGUGUGGUUGGGUGGGGGGGUGGUUGAUUGCUCACCGACAACUGCAGCUGGCAGGGCGUGGCGUUAUCCGUGUGUUUGUCGUUUGUUUCAUGGCUUCGUUGCGCAUGUGUCGUGACACCUGCACACACCCACACACACACAUUGCACAUUGCGUGUGUUGACUCCCAGCAUCCCUACCUCUGUCGUAGAAUCUGUUGUAUAAAGCCGUCGCGCCAAUGGAACUUCGGCCGGUAUACGCCACUGCAGAGAAGACAAACAGAAGGAGGUGAGAUUGAUGGCGUCCUGUCGGCUGUUCUGUGUUGUGUCGGACUCACCGUUGGUAGAUAGAGGACGGUCGUGAGCUCGCCCUCGAGGAUGGGCAUGUGUGUGUGGGUGGGCGAGAGAGACGAUCGUCUGAGCCAUCCGUUCUCGAUGGACGGGAUACGGCCAAAACGGCCUUCCCCCGCCCAUCGUGGGCUGGCUCGGACGGCGGACUGACAUGGCCCACCUGCCAAGGCACACACACGAGACACACGUGAGCCCACCGAUGGGCACUGCCUGGCUGAGUCCAGUGCCCGCUCACGUACCCUCUUCAGGUCGCCUCGCCCGUAUCAUCCCGCCUCGGCUCGGUAAUUGGGUACACAUGUUGUUGUCGGGCCCCUCGACAGCGAUGGAAUGCGCCGCGCCUCUUCGGCUCGGGGAGGGCGCUUGCCGAGUCGAAACCGUCGGCUGCUCCGGCGCCGCGCUCGUGGCAGCAUCCACAGUGUCCAGCCCGUCUCCCAGCCAGCAGCCGUCAGAUGCACGGAGGCAGCCAAAGGGGGCGUCGCCAGUCAGAGGUGGGCGGCUUUGGUGAGGUGAAAUGAGACAGAAAGCACCUGAAGGACACGACAAGUGGAUCCAUAACACACACAUCGACUGGUCGGUGGCGGGCGCACCUCUUGCUCUUGUGCGUGUGGGGGGGCUGGUGGGGGGCGGGCGGGGCGGAUAGCAGGAAUAGCUAGGAAUGUGUGUGGAGGGGCAUCUGGGUGAGUGCAUCGAGGGCAACAGAGAGACACACGAGCCAUGCACGAGUGUGGGUGGGGUGGGGGGAGGGGUACCCAUUCACUCACCGCUGUGGUAUAGCGGGAUAUAUACAUACAUGGGGGUCGGGCGGGGCUUCGCUAAGUCAAUACAUAAGUGUCAUCUGAAGUGAGGAAACAUUGACUUGACGUUGAUGGGCUCUUCCGUGUGUAUAUGUGUGUGUGUGUCGAUUGCCUGACUGAGAGCUCACCUUUGAUGGACAAGUAGCAGACUGCACACACCGACAGACAGACAGACAGACAGACAGAAAGAACGUGUCAACAGUGGCGCUGCACUGCAAGCUCUCUGCCUGCCUGCCUGCCUGCCUGCCUCAACUAACUUACCUUUGGUAUCUGUCAAGGUCGUUGAGUUGUUGACCGGGGUAGACAGGGGUCGGUCGGGCGGGGCGGGGCGGGGCGGUCAUUUGGGGGUGACUACAGUGUGUGUACUUUGUGGCGGCUUCGUUGACAAUGAACUACUAUGUGUAGUCAGCCUAAAAAAGAAACGAAGGCACGAACAGCAGCAAGACUCAGGUGAUUGGUAAGUAGACUAACGACUUGUUGGGCUGGCUGACAUCUCAUUCUCUCACCCUGGGUGAGUCGAGUAGGGCGGGGGUCCGCGGCUCAGCACACGCGGGCCAGAUCAGUGCAACGGUACUGUAUAUAUGGUGGUGGCUUCCUCCUGGCACACACACACACACACAGACACACACAGACACACACACACACAGAGAGAGAGAGAGAGAGAGAGAGAGACGAGCACAGCGGUUCGAUCCACACGGCUGGUCGGUCGAUCUAUCUGUGUGCGAACCUUACUUACCGGUAGGGCCAGUGGGCUGCUUCAGGUAGGUGCAUAUCUGUUGGCUUCGUUAGUUAAGCAUUACACAACUGAGGGAGAAAGGAGCCACCCAGACAUCACAAAGGUGGAUGGACCGGCUGGCAUCUAUCUCACUCACCUUGGGUGAAUGGCGGCGUCCGCCCCUCGGCACUCGUGUUCCCGAUGAGUGGCUCGCUUCCUUUGUUGUGUUGUGUGGGCUGCGGGUGCAAAGCCCACCUGAAAAGACCUGCACACGUCAGUCAGCGCCACACACAUCACAUCCCUCCAUGUACACGUGGCCCUCCGCCUGCCCGUCAGUCUCGCCAUGACGUCAAGACACUUACCAGUCGGGGUAAAUGGACCGCAGCGAACGGAGGAAGACACGGACAGACCAGAAGGGGCGAUCGAUCGGGAGCAGCCUCACCACUGCACACCUGAGGCGCACACAGACAGACAAAGCAGUGGAUGACCGACAGGUGUCUUGAUGUGGUGCGUGUGUGUCGUCGUGUCGUGCGCACCAGGGUCAGGUGAAAUGGCCAGCAGAUGGAUGGAUGGAUGGACAAGUGGACAAGUGGACGGACCAUACAUACACACGCCAGCCAGCCAGCCAGCCAGCCAGCCAGUUAGCCAAAACUCACCCCGAUCGGACGGACACACACGCCCUCAAGACACUUACAAACCUCAGCCAGACGAAGAAUAGCUCAGGCUCACCGACACACACCCACCCGCCACCAGCCAUCCGCAGACAGACAUGCAGCAGCGCCCAUCCACACACACGCGGCCGCCACCAUACCAAAAAUAGCACUGAGACAUGAAUGCACACAUCAGCCUCACAGGAAAAAUAGCACUCAGACACGAAUGAACACAUCAGCCUCACAGGGGCGGGCAGGCAGGCGGGCAGGCAGGCAGGCAGGCAGUAGUAUACACUGGUGUACAGGUAGGCUUUUUUUGGGUGCUUGGGCUUUUCUGUUGUUUUUGGCUUUUCUCCCCGCUCGCUGCCUCGUC